AAAGGAGAAUGGGUACCAGUUCUUGUAUUAUUGAGAAUUGAUUUUGCUGCAACUGACAUUAAAUGGUCACCAAAUGAAACUAAAUUUGCAUGUGCUUCAGGAAAUAAACUUGUUGCUAUUUGUAGAUUUAAUGAAGAAUCAAAUUGGUGGGCUUCAGAUCAUGUUAAAAAAUUCAAGUCAACUGUUACUAAAGUAGCAUGGUCUCCAGAUUCACUUACUGUAGCAGCUGCAUCAACUGAUUUUAAGGCAAGAAUUUUUAAUGCUUUUAAUAAAACAAUAGAUCCAAAAGGUUCAUACUCUCCAUUUUCAGAACAAGAACUUUCAUCUCCAAAAUGCAAAUUAGGUACUUUCUUAUUUGAAACUGAAGUUAGUGGAUGGGUUCAUUCUAUUGCUUAUACACCAUCUGGAACAACUGUUGUUUUUGUUUCUCAUGAUUCUUCUAUUUCAUUCAUUGAAGCUAAUGAUGGAAAACCAACUGUUCAAACUAUCAAAUGUAAAACAUUACCAUUCUUAGAUGUUCUUUGCAUUACUGACAAUAAAGUUGUUGCUGUUGGACAUCAUUUCAAUCCAUGUUUAUUUGAACGUGGUGCUGAUGGAUGGAAGUUUGUAAAAGAACUUGAUCAGAAACAAGCACCUAAAUCUACUGGAACUAUGUCUGCUAUGGACCAUUUCAAAUCUCUUUCAUCUAGAGGAACUGCUACAGUUAAGAGUGCUGUAGAAGAAAUUACUACUACUCAUAAGAACACUGUUACCUGUAUUAGACCAAUGAAAUAUGAUGAUUCAUGGAAUGUUCUUGAAUUUUCAACUUCAGGUAUGGAUGGUAAUAUAGCCAUUUGGAAAGCUUAA